AUGAUUCGGAAUUUGAUUAUUGUACUCGUUGCAGUAUUAACAAUAACAACUCAAGCCAAAGAAAUUGCGGAGGAAGACAACGUGCUUGUAUUAACGAAUGAUACAUUUGAUGAGGCACUCGAAAAACAUAAACAUAUUUUGGUCGAAUUUUAUGCCCCAUGGUGUGGACAUUGCAAGCAGCUGGCACCUGCAUAUGCUGCCGCAGCUACACAAUUGAAAGACAGUGACAGUGAUAUUAAAUUAGCUAAAGUUGACGCUACAGUAGAACAAGAUUUGGGUCAAAAAUAUGGAAUUAAAGGUUAUCCAACCAUUAAGUUUUUCUCUGAUUCUAAUGUCAUCGAAUAUAACGGUGGUCGAACAGCUGAUGAUAUUGUUAAUUGGUUGAAAAAGAAAACAGGUCCUGCUGCAACUGAAUUGAACACAGUAGCAGAACUCAAUACGUUGAAAGAAGGAAAUCAAGUUGUUGUUAUUGGAGUAUUCAAAAAAACCGAUAGCGAUCUGGCCGAAUCGUUCCUUCAAGUUGCUAAGAGUCGAGAUGAUCUUCCAUUUGCUAUCACAUCUAAUGCUGACAUAUUGAAAGAAUUAAAUGUGAAAGCUGAUACUGUUGUUCUUCUUAAAACAUUUGACGAAGGAAGAAACGACUUAACAAAAGAUAUUACCGAAGCUACAAUUCGCGAAUUCAUUCAAACAAAUCAAUUGCCAAUGGUUGUCGAAUUCAAUGCAGAGUCUGCUCAAAAAAUAUUUGGUGGAGAUAUUAAAGAUCAUAUUCUGUUGUUCUCUGGGAAGAAAACUGAUGUUUAUGAGCAAUUACAAGAAGAAUUUAAACAAGCUGCAAAAGUUUACCGCGGAAAGGUCUUAUUCGUGUCAAUUGAUACAGAUGAUGAAGAAAACGAGCGUGUACUUGAAUUUUUUGGUCUCAAACAAGCAAAUCUACCAGCUAUGCGUUUAAUAACACUAAAAGAUGAAAUGACCAAAUUUAAACCCGAAUCAAAUGAAAUAACAGCCGAUGUCGUCAAAACGUUUGUACAAUCUUAUUUGGAUGGUAAAUUAAAACCUCAUUUAUUAACACAAGAUCUACCGGAUGAUUGGGAUAAACAGCCCGUCAAAGUAUUAGUUGGAACAAAUUUUGACGAAGUUGCUAAAGAUAAAAGUAAAACAGUUUUGGUUGAAUUUUAUGCUCCAUGGUGUGGUCAUUGCAAAGCUCUCUUUCCAAUUUGGGAUCAACUCGGUGAGCAAUACAAAGAUCGAGAUGAUGUUGUUAUUGCCAAAAUUGAUUCAACUGCAAAUGAAUUGGAAGACGUUAAAAUUCAAAGUUUUCCAACAAUAAAAAUGUUUCCAAAAGAUUCAGAUGAAGUUAUCGAUUACAAUGGUGAGCGAACAUUAGAAGGUUUCUCAAAAUUCAUCGAUAGUAAUGGUUUAGAAGGUGGUCAAGCCUCUGAAGAGACCGCCGAACAUGCAGAAGGUGCUGGUGAUGAAGAAGAAGAACCAUCUUCAGACCAUACAGCUCAUGUAGAUUUGUAA